AAGUAAUAAAACAGGAUUAAUUACAGAAAUAGGAUUAGUUACAGGAUUAAUUACAGAAAUAGGAUUAGUUACAGGAUUAGUUACAGGAAUAGAAUUAAAAUCUAUAGAAAUAGAAAUAGAUUUAUAG